GCGCGCCGAGGCGGUCGAUGGGCCAGCUGACUCGCCGCCGCACCGGCCAUUUCCCGCCGGCCCGGCCCGGAGCGGAGCCCGGCUUCUCCCCCCGGGCGCCAAGCCGCCUCUCCCAGCGGCAGGCACCAUGCCUCCCAAAUUCAAGCGGCACCUGAACGACGAGGAGGUGACGGGCUCGGUGAGGAGCGAGCGGAGGAACCUGUUGGAGGAAGAUUCAGAUGAAGAGGAGGACUUUUUCUUGAGAGGGCCUUCUGGACCAAGAUUUGGACCCAGGAAUGACAAGAUCAGGCAUGUCCAGAACCAGGUGGACGAAGUCAUCGACGUUAUGCAGGAGAACAUCACAAAGGUGAUCGAAAGAGGCGAGCGGCUGGAUGACCUGCAGGAUAAAUCAGAAAGUUUAUCAGACAAUGCAACAGCUUUUAGCAACAGAGCCAAGCAGCUUCGGAGACAGAUGUGGUGGCGAGGCUGCAAGAUGAAGGCAAUCAUAGCGUUGGUGACAGUCAUUCUCCUGCUUGUGAUCAUUGUACCCAUAGUCCUGAAAUAUCAUACCUGACGGGACAGCUGGAGGCUUCGGUGGAGCUGUCUCUGGGAUCACCAAACUGCUGUGUAAUUUAAGUGAGAUAUCUGUAUAUAGCUUUGAAGUUGUUUUUCUCCAAGGAGUGAGGAGGCUGUGGCAAGUAACCAGUUCUGACACACACCAUUUUAAGAACUGCCAAAUUAUCCCUUUUUUUUUUUAUUAUUAGUAUUUUUUGGUUGAGUACCUGCUCCUGCCAUCAGAUGUUUUUUAUAACAGAAGAUUCAGUUCCCAAACCACCUGUUUUGUGGAAUUCUGGGUCUCUGCUUUGGAGCUGCCUACUUGCCACUACAGGCUAUCUGUAUAUAUGGCUGAGUUGUAAUAUUAAUAAUAAUACUGUUUGAGCCAUUCUCCACUGCCUGCUGUGGAAAGGCAGAGGGGAUUCUGUCCUUUAAUUGGAGCAAAGGAGGGGAAAAAAUCUCAAGAGAAACCACUACAGGGAACCAAGCUUCUGGUGGAGAACUGCAAGGGCAGUGUUGUUCACAGAAAAAAAAAGGGGGGGGGGGGAAUAAAUAAUUAGGUUUUACAAUCCAGAAGACUUUCUGGCCCUGCGAUGUGAAUGCACAAGCUCAGUGUUUUCAGUAUUGCUGCUUACAGCUGUGACUAAAGACAUUCCAGUAAACCUAUUUUUGACUGUA